AUGACCGAUGAUGAGAUCAUAUUUUAUAAAAGAGAAAAACUAAAAUUUAAUGAAUUAUUAAGUAAAUUUGAUUGGACAGAAGAUUGUUUAUUGAAAGAACAAAAAACAUUGAUACAAUGUCCAAUUGAUCGAGGACAUCGAUUUCCAAUAGGAUCAAAACAUGUACAACAUUGCCAAUUAGUAAAAGAAGGAUUUUCUAAAGAAUAUCUAAAAGAAUUAGCUGAAUGUGAACAAGAAAAACAAUUACUUAAUCAAUCCGGUAUUUUAUUUACUCCAUCACAGCUCAGUGAUAUUGUUCAUCGACCUAUAACAAUCACAAAUAAUCUUCCAUUAAGUAUUGAACAAGCAACAAUUUUAUUUUCGCCUGGUGAACGAUCUUUAAUUGCUCAAGCUGUACAUAAUGAAGCUUUGCGUUUGGGAAUUGUACCAUCCACAUCACAUUCUAUUAUUGAUAAUCAACUUGUUCAAUCACAAAAGUCAAAUAUUUCUCAACAAUUAAAUAAAUUAGCUGAAUUACGUGAUCAAAAACGACGUCCAACUAAAUAUGUCACUCGACCAACAAAAAAAAAUUUUUAUGAUAUUGCUCGUGAAAUGAUCAAUACUGAAAUGAAAUUCAUUGAACAAGUAAAUCAUCAAAUAGAUUCUGAUCAAACUAAACAUGACAAAGAUCACUCAAAAGAACAUAAACAUAAACAUAAACAUCGAUCAUCAUCGAAAAAAACACGUCGAUCUAGUCAUAGUAAGAGUAGAAAACAUCAUCGACAUUCAAAAAAACGACGAAAAAGUUAA